GUCUGUAUAAUAUUUCUGGGGGGGAUAGCUAACUGGAAAUGCAUAGACAGACAGGUAUGCGAAUACUUUGAGUAGGCAAGCGCGUACACGUCGUUAUGGCGAAACGAGGGGAAAUAACCCGAAGCACUAAUGUCACGUUACCUCGGAAGAAUUAAAAGCUGCCUUUGUUUUUUAAUGACACGGAGAUAAGAUGAAUACCAGGAGAAAGAAAUCGUUCAGAGCCGUAAAGUACACGUUAUUCGUGUUUUGCUAUAUCUUCUGGAUAUGAGUGUGCAGUCAGGAUAAUCAAUUCAGACAUGGAAGAAAGGAAGCAGAAAAGAUGGCAAAGCUUGAAGUUGAAUCUGAGGAGAAAAAGGAAAGACAGGAGUAAAACAGAUGCAGAGUGUUCAGUGCUGUUCUAAUUGCUGUUGGAAUCUAUGCCAAAGUUGCCAAAGAGUCAGAUGUAGUGGACAAGCUGAUGGCAGAUCCAGCGCUGCUGUUGAUCAUCGUGGGUUCUCUCAUGUUCACCAUCACAUUUUUUGGCUGUUUCGGAGCUCUGCGCAACAUCUCCUUGCUGCUCAACAUGUUUGUAGGAAUUUUGGUGGCAAUUCUGAUUCUUCAAGUAACAGCCGCUGUUCUGGGCCUUCUGUUCUCUGAAAAGGUUCAAGAGAGGACAGAGCAGCUGAUGAUGAAGGCGAUUGUACGCUAUCGUGAUGAUCAGGACCUGGAAAAUGUGAUUGAUUUUGUACAGAAAAAGUUCAAGUGCUGUGGUGUGGACUCCUAUUUAGACUGGUCUAAAAACAUGUACUUCAACGCAUCUGACCAGAACCUCAGUCUGGAGGCCUAUGGAGUGCCCUUCUCCUGCUGCAUACGGCUAAAGAAUGAGACUGUGUUCAACUCUAUGUGUGGCUAUGAGACCCAGAAGAUGAAGAAGGGUGUGGUGAGUCGGCUCAUCUACACCACUGGAUGUCUGGACGAGAUCGUCUGGUGGGGAAAACAGAAUCUUCUGCUGGUGGGAGGGAUGACCCUCGCCCUACUUUGCAUUGAGAUAUGUAUGAUGUCACUGGCGUCGGUACAGCUCCGUCAAAUCCAAAGUGUUCAGGAGAAGAGGAAACAGAAAGGAAGCAAAAACCUUUGCUGCAACAGAAAGUCUUGACUGGUUUUAUAUGCUUACCUUUCACCAAGUGCAGGCAUUGGAAUUCAAUGAUGCAUUGCACUUGAAAUACCAAGUUAUAACAUGUUAGAAAUUAGAAGCAAAUAAUGUGAUUAUUAUUCUAUGUUAUACUGUGAGUUAUUAAGCCAAAUGCUGUGAUUAAAUUCAGUGCUAACACAAAAAACUAUAUUUUCCUGUGCUUGUGCCUGUUUACACUAUCUGUUUUGUUAUAAAAAAUAUAUUUUACCACAUGCUGUCUUUUACUUUUAACACUUGCAAUAUUGAAUAAAUGACUAUAA